AUGCGACUCUUCGUGGCGUGGGCGUGCGCGCUCGCGCUCGCUGCGGCGCCGGCGCAGGCGUGGUACCUGCCUGGCAGCGCGCCGAACUCGUUCCGUGAGGGUGAUCCCGUGUCGGUGCAAGUGAAUGCGCUGCAGCCCAUGGCGGGUGCUACGCCCGUGCACGGCCUUGUGAGCUACGACUACUAUGACGAGCGCCUUGGGUUUUGCCAGCCUGCGGAUGGCAUCAAGGCCGAGCCUGGCGGCCUUGGCAGUGCUCUCUUCGGCGACCGCAUCUACAACAGCGCGCUGCAGGUGCGCAUGCUCGAGGCCAAGAGCUGUGCAGUGCUGUGCCAAACGCAGGUCUCUGCGGAGCAGGCGCGCUUUGUGAACGAGCGCAUCCGCGAGCGAUACGCCGUCAACUGGAUGGUCGAUCACCUCCCUGUCGUCGACGUCGACAUGACCCAGGGCGACGGGACGCUGCGCACCAACUCGGUUGGGUUUGCGCUCGGCACCUUUCUUGAUGCGCGCGGCCAUGUGCUGCCGACGCCCGCGCUGUACAACCACUAUGUCCUGAAUAUCUCGUACCACGAGCGCACGAAGGGCGAGUACCGCGUCGUCGGCGUCAAUGUGCGCCCCAUGUCGCUCGCCUCGGUGCCGCCCGGCCAGGCGCCCGGCGGCGUGGCGUCGUGCGAGGUCAAGUUGCCGCUCUUCCUGUCGCCGAACGCGUCGACGACCGUGGCGUACACGUACACGGUGCAGUGGACGCCGAGCGAUACGCCCUGGGCCACGCGCUGGGAUGCCUACCUGCAUGUGUUCGACGCGCGUAUCCACUGGUACGCGCUGCUCAACUCGACGGCCAUUGUGGCGCUGCUGUGCACGCUCGUUGCGCUGAUCAUGGCGCGCGCUAUGCGCCGAGACAUCUACCGCUACAAUGCGAUCGACCUUACCGAGGAUAUCCAGGAAGACUACGGGUGGAAGCUCGUGCAUGGCGAGGUGUUCCGGGCGCCUGCGUCGCCCGUCCUGCUCAGUGUGCUGGCCGGCGCGGGCGCCCAGCUUGGCGCGAUGGUGUGUGUGACGCUCGUGUUUGCGCUGCUCGGCUUCCUGAGCCCCUCCAACCGCGGCUCGCUCGGCACCAUCCUCGUGGUCGCGUGGACCCUGCUGGGCAGCGUGAGUGGCUUUGUCAGUGCCAAGCUGUAUGCGAGUCUCGACGGCGAGCAGUGGCGGCGCACGAUGCUCCUUGCGGCGCUGCUCGUGCCGACAGCCGUCUUUGCGAUGAUCAACGUGCUCAACGUCGUGCUCGUGCUGAACCAGUCGGCCGGCGCCGUACCGUUCGGCACGCUGCUCGCACUCGCCGCGCUGUGGUUCCUCAUCCAGGUGCCUCUCUCGCUCGUCGGCUCGUACCUGGGCCUGCGCUCAGGCGGCCUGUCGCACCCUGUGCGUGUGAACCAGAUCCCGCGGCAGAUCCCGCCGUGCCCGUGGUACCUGCGCCUGUGGCCGUCGGCGCUACUGGCGGGCAUGCUGCCGUUCGGCGCCGCAUGGCUCGAGCUGUUCUUCAUCAUGAACUCGCUCUUCGGCAACCGCGUGUACUACGCGUUCGGGUUCCUCACCCUCACGUUCCUGGUGACGGCUCUUACAACCGCGACUGUGUCGAUUCUCACGUGCUACUGCCAGCUGUGCGCCGAAGAAUACCGCUGGCACUGGCGCGCGUUCAUCACGGGCGGCGCGAGCGCCGUGUGGCUUUUUGCGUACGGCGUCUUCUUUGUCCUCGCGCGUCUGAACCUUCCCGACUUUUCGAGCCAAGUCCUCUUUCUGGGCUACCUUGUGCUGAUAUCGACGCUCGCAUUCCUUCUUUUUGGCUUCAUCGGCUUCGCCGCCUGCUACGCAUGCGUGCGCCGCUUGUACCAGCACAUCCGUGAGCGCGGCGGCGCUCGUUGCCUCUCCUUCAUGGCGCCCAAGCUCGAUACCAGCGACCCGCACGUCUCACGGCUCCUUGACCUCUUUGCGCGGAUCUCACUCACAGGCCAGCGUGCCGCCGAUACCAUCAAGAACCCCAAGUAUGCGCGCGCGUUGGAGCAAGUCAUUGUGGACCUGCACCUCGAUGAGCAGGCGCUCGAUGCAAAGACCGGCUCCAUGGUCGUGGUUGCGGCGUCGUCAGGCUGCGAGCUCCCUGCUGAGAAGCUCGAAUACAUUGUGCAGCGCAUUGUUCGCAAGGACCUCAAAACGACCGACCAGAUCCAGACCGCGUGCCAGUACGUCGCGCCCGACGCGGUCGACCUGAGCGAUGCCGCCGCGUUUGAUGCGCACUGCGGCGUCGGCGUGCACGUGUCGCCGGAUGCAUGCCGCGAGGCUGUGGUGCAGCACAUGGACAUGCAAAAGCAGGCGCUCGAGGAGGCCGGCGGCUGGCCAAAAAUGUCGGCCAUUAUGGCUGCUGUGCGCGCGGCGCCGUCGAUGCGCUGGGCGAACGCGGGCGACAUCAAGACGGCCGUCGAGGCCGAGCUCACUGCGCGCUUCGGUCCCCGUACCGCGGCGCCGAAAAAAAAGGCGGCUGCCCCCAGCGCGGCGCCCAAGGCCGACAAGCCCAAGGAGCCGUCGGUGCGCCCGGACGCCAUGUUCGAGGAGGGAUUCCUCGCCUCGCUGCACAAGCCAGGCGGCAACCCCCAGAAGCACGAGUAUUUGCGCGAGGAGCAUCUCAAGGCGACGAACGGCUCCGUCGUGACGCGCUUUCCGCCCGAGCCGAAUGGCUACCUGCACAUUGGCCACUCCAAGGCCAUUGCUGUCAACUUUGGCUAUGCGCGCUUCCACCGGGGACUAUGCUACCUGCGCUUUGACGACACAAACCCGGCGGCCGAGGAGGAAAAGUACUUUACGAGCAUCCUCGAGACGGUGCGCUGGCUCGGCUUCGAGCCCUACAAGGUGACCUACUCGUCCGACUACUUUGGCCGACUCUACGAGCUGGCCGUCGAACUGAUCCGCCGCGGCCUUGCGUAUGUCGACCACUCGACCGCGGACGAAAUUCGCGAGGGUCGCGGCGGUCCUGACAAGGGCGAGCGCAAGGAGAGCAAGUGGCGCCAUCGGCCCAUCUCCGAGUCGCUGCAGGCGUUCGAGGACAUGAAGCAAGGCAAGUACAAGCCGGGUGAGGCGACACUGCGCAUGAAGCAGGACAUCCUGGGGAGCGGCAACCCCCAGAUGUGGGACCUGAUUGCGUACCGCGUGCUCGACGCGCCGCACCACCGCACCGGCACGACGUGGCGCAUCUACCCGACGUACGACUUUACACACUGCCUGGUCGACAGCUUCGAGAACAUCUCACACUCGCUCUGCACGACGGAGUUUAUCCUCUCGCGCGAGUCGUACGAGUGGCUUUGUGACGCGCUCGACGUAUACAAGCCGCGUCAGUACGAGUAUGGCCGCUUGUCGAUCGAAGGUGCGGUGAUGUCCAAGCGCAAGAUGCUCAAGCUCGUCUCGGGCGGCUACGUUGACGGCUGGGACGACCCGCGCAUGUACACGCUCAUUGGUCUCCGCCGGCGCGGCGUCCCCCCUGGCGCCAUCCUGUCGUUUGUCAAUCAGCUCGGUGUCACGACGAACAACUCGACGAUCCAGAUCAACCGCUUUGACCAGUCCAUGCGCCAGUACCUGGAGAUGAACACGCCGCGACUUAUGAUGGUUGUCAAGCCGCUCAAGAUCGUGAUCGAGAACCUAGACGACGACUUUUACCUGCCGAUUGACAAGCCACUGCACCCCAAGGUGCCGGCGAUGGGCCACGUCACGGUGCCGUUCACGAAGACUGUGUACAUUGACGCGUCCGAUUUCCGCCUGCAGGACACGAAGGACUACUUCCGUCUCGCACCUGGAAAGACGGUCGGCCUGUACCAGGUGCCGCACCCCAUCACCUGCACUGCAGUGCACACGAACGACGCAGGUGAUGUGACAGAACUCGUGUGCCGAUAUGAGUCGGGCCCAUCGGCGCCGACGCCCAAGACCUACAUCCAGUGGGUCGCACAGCACGCGGCGUCGCGCAGCCCGGUGCGUGUACGCGAGGUGCGACUCUUCCACACACUAUUCACGUGCGAGAACCCCGCCGCGCAGGACAACUUCUUGGACCACGUCAACCACAACAGCCGCGAGGUGCUGAAGGAUGCGAUGCUCGAGGUCGGCUUUCAUGAUGUGGCGCGCGCUGCACUCGAGCACGAAAAGCAGGCCGCCUCAGAGCGCAUCCAGGCUGCGGCCAAGCAGACGGAGGCGGCGCUCGGCAAGGCACGCGCGCGGGAGGCCGAGCAGAGUGCCGCACACGGUCUUCAGGCCACCGAGUCGAACACCAUUGGCAAAGAGUGUGUUCGCUUCCAGGCGAUGCGCGUGGGCUACUUUGCUGUUGAUAAAGACAGCGCUAUGUCCCUGUUUGGCGACGAGGCGCGUGGCGACGCCGACGACCUCGUGCUCAACCGCAUCGUCUCGCUCAAGGAGGACGUAGGCAAGGCCAAGUAG